ACACGGCGCAACAACCUAAAAGACAGAUAUCUUCAACUGACUCUUAGUCAGUUAAUAUACAGCGUACAUUGCGUUGGUGCUGCAUUUCCAUACCAGCAACUUGAAAAAAGAUAAGCGCAAGAGACUUUUUAAUAGGUUCUGUGUGACUGCAUAACAUAAGAAAUUCAAAGCCCCUACACAUUCACUGCCAAUAUUUUAUGAAGAGUUACUCCCAUCGUCCACUUCUAGAUUAACGGGAAGCCUCUGGUAUACUGCCGUAACAUCUGCUAGCUGCAGUCGAGCGCCAUCUGAAUGGAAGUGUCAUUCCACUUGCGAACUGCCCUUAUGCGCAACAUGCUGUGGGCAACGUUUCUACCGAUAACUGCAGUUCUGGUUUUUGGGGCUGUCCCACCCCAACUGGGACCACUAGUCCACGUUGAACAGGGAGCAUUACGUGGAACUUAUCUCACUUCAGCUGGUGGAAGAAUAUUUUCAGCAUUUCAAGGAAUACCAUAUGCACGGCCACCUACAGGAAAACACCGGUUCAAGGACCCAUCACCAGCCAAACCAUGGAGAGGUGUAUGGCCAGCUAUAAAACCAGGGAGCCAAUGUCUGCAAUACAAUACAGUCGCCACAAAACACCCCAAUCCCCAAGGAGACGAGGACUGCCUAUAUCUUAACGUAUAUUCAACCAUGCUACCAGCUGGUGGUGGUGCUCCACUACUGGAUGUUAUCGUCAACAUCCAUGGAGGAGCCUUCAUAUUUGGUGCAGGUAGUGAUAGCGGUCCAAAAUAUCUCAUGGAUCGAGAUUUAGUCUUUGUAACUUUCAACUACAGACUAGGACCACUAGGUUUCCUGAGCACAGAAGAUGAAGUGGUCCCAGGUAAUAUGGGAUUAAAAGAUCAAACUGCAGCACUGCGUUGGGUACAAAGAAAUAUUGCUUCAUUUGGCGGAAACCCAGCAAGUAUAACUAUAACCGGUCAAUCCGCAGGUGGUGCCAGUGUCCAUUACCACUACCUGUCACCAUUAUCUCACGGCUUAUUCCAACGAGGGAUUUCCCAGAGUGGAAGCGCUUUAUGUCCAUGGACACAGAUGGAAAAUGGAAGAAUAAAAGCAAUGAAAUUAGCACAAGAACUGGGGUGUAACACACAGACAUCACGCGAGCUACUGGACUGCCUGAGACAUCGACCAGCAAGCAUGAUUGUUCAACAGGUUGCAACAUUCCAGGGUUGGCAGAACAUGCCAUUUUCUCCAUUUGGUCCCACUGUAGAGGUGGCGGGUGUUACUCCAUUCUUGGACAGACAACCAAUUGAUAUACUUUUAGAUGGGAAUGUCCAAAAUCUACCUUGGAUCACAGGCGUUACAACAGAAGAAGGACUUUACCCUGCAGGAAGUUGGGUGGAAAAUGAAGACAUCUUGAACGAAGUACAGAACAGAUUCAGUGAGCUUGCACCUCUCAUAUUAGAUUACAACUAUACUGUGCCAGAGGAGCAGAAGCAAGCCGUGGCUCAGAGCAUUCACCAGUUUUACCUUCAGGGUAAAACAAUAUCCCCAGAAACUACAAGCAACUUCAUACAGAUGACUGGCGAUCGCCACUUUGUUGUGGAAGCUGAACGAGCAGCUAGAAUUCAAGCAGCUGUCAACUCAGCACCAGUCUACUUCUACCAAUUUGGCUACAGAGGGCAUCACAGUGUAUCUGAAUACCUGUCAGGAACAAAUAUUAAUUUUGGUGUUAGUCAUGCAGACGACUCAACUUUUGUACUACAACUUCCCUACAGUAAUACUGAGGAGACGCAACAAGACAAGGAUAUGUCUAAAGUACUUGUAGACAUAUGGGAUAGUUUCAACAGAAAUGGUAAUCCUGUUCCCAGUGGAAGGAACUUCACUUGGGAACCAGUGACAGCCAGAAGUGACGAGCUUACAUAUUUGUAUAUCGCUAACAGCAGCCACUUGGAGAUGAGAUGCAGCCUUGACUUGGGAAACAGAGAAUUCUGGGAUUCCCUUCCAAUCAGCGAAUCUCAAAUUAGCAUAAAUGUUCAAAACAUACAGCAAAAAACUCACGAGGAGCUAUAGUGAUUAAACACUGAGAAGACUUAAAAAUCUUGCAGAUUAUACAGAAACAUUACUCAAAAGAAACAGCUAUUAUCAGUUUUAUAACCUCAAAAUGGGCUUCAAGUACCCAUUCUUUGUAGAGGAAGAAUAUUAACAUGAAAUAAACUGUAUAUUACACAAAACUAACCACAAA